ACUUCCUCAUCUCUUUUUAUAUUGUCCGAACAGGAAACUCUUCUUGUACAUAAGGAUUUGGAGCAGAAUGGUUUUCUUAAUGAUAUUAUUUUUGUUCUGCAAAGCAAAGGUGUCACUUUAUAUGGUGGGCCAAGAGCAAGUGCUAAACUGAAUAUUCCGGAAACAAAAUCAUUUCAUCACGAGUACAGUUCCAAGGCCUGCACCGUUGAAAUUGUCGAAGACGUACAUGGUGCUAUAGAUCAUAUUCACCAACAUGGAAGUGCACACACUGAUUGCAUAGUGACAGAAGAUAGUGAAGUCGCAGAGAUAUUUCUCCAUCAAGUAGACAGUGCUGCUGUUUUCCACAAUGCAAGCACAAGAUUCUCUGAUGGUUUUAGAUUCGGAUUUGGUGCAGAGGUGGGAAUAAGCACAAGCAGGAUCCAUGCCCGUGGUCCAGUCGGAGUAGAAGGAUUAUUGACAACGAGAUGGAUAAUGAGAGGAAAAGGACAAGUUGUUGAUGGAGACAAUGGAAUCGUUUACACCCAUAAGGACCUUCCUGUCUUAAAAAGGACAGAGGCAGUGGAGAAUGGGAUUUAGUUCUCUCUCUCUUUUUCUGCUAAUGUCAUAUUAUGUUUUACUAUUAUGAUGAUGAUUGAAGAUUUUUUUUUCCUUUUUACAUAGGAUUUAGUGUUACUUGACGUUUGUACCAUCAUAAGACCGCUUUACUCAAGUGGUCUUUGAUAAUAGUGAAAUGUUUAGCAGCUUCUCUUCAUGUCAAAGUCACAAACUUUGAUUCACCACUUCUGUUUGUAUCAUUUGUCUAUGCCAGAUUGCCAGAAUAAAUAAGUUGCAUCUCUUCUGAUUU